UUGUUGUUAGAAAGGUAACUUUAGUUAUAAAAAAUUAGCUUAUCAACAUGGCGGAAAAACUAUUUUAAUCUUACUAUUAUUUUUACUAGAUGGCGUUGUUCGUUGAUGUGCAAUGUUCGUAAUGUAUAGUAAGUGUAUGCAUUUUUAGGUUGAUACAAACAAACAGCGGAUAUUUAAAAUGACAUCUUUUGUAAAGAUCGAUUUUAAAUUCUUUAUAUGCACGUAGAAAUAAUUAUUAUAAUUUUCUAAGAAACGUACAAUAAUACUUUAAAAUCAAUUUUUAAUCUGUAGCAAUGAGUGAGUUUAAAGUACAUCAUCUAAUAGUGGAAUUAAUUGGUUUAUUAGGAUCCACAGCUGCGCCAGAAAAGUUUGUAGAAAGAUUACAAAAAGAAAGUACUGUAACCACAGGAGCCUUAAAUGUUAUUGCCUCUCAAAGUUGUGUUCGUCGUUUAACUAAGGCUUCACCAUUUCCAGAAUUGUUCUUACAAAAAUAUGAAGAACUUAAAUCUAAAAAGGUAGAUUUAUUAGGUCCGUUUAUGCAACUUUUGGAAUAUAUAUCUGAAGAUAAAGAAUUAAGAACUUGUUUGGCAAAACAUGCAACUGUAUUAUCAGCACCUAAAACUUCUCCUAUUACAAAAGAAGACUUACCGCAGAUUUGUAAAAAUGUAAUAAAGGCUGCUGUAGAAGGAGAAAGAAAAUUAAAUAAGCAAGUUGUUUCAAUCGUUAAAAAAAGUGAUGCUGCUUUGAAACAUAAUUGGAUAACAGAAAGGCCUCGUAUGUCUUGGGACUUUCAUAUCGAAGGAAAUACAGGACCAUGUCAAAAAGUCGUACCAAUUGUAUCUCAAGAGUCUAUACUCCUUUGGGAUAUCUUAUAUUGUUUGAAAGGUAUAGAUGGAACCUACAUUGUUUCUGAACCUUUAACAAAUCCUUAUGGUGUUAGAACAUUCAACAUAUCAUCUGAUGUUGGAAUAUCAUUUAAACAGUUGGUUCAACAAAUACUUCCCUUGGCAUCUUAUUACUCAAUGACAAUUAGAUUCGUUGAAGAAAAAGUUUCAUCAGAAGAUGGGCAAGUGAAUCAUGCUUUAAGAGGAGCUAUAAGAUGUUUAUUAAAAGAUUAUUUGUUAUUUAUUGUACAAUUGGAAAUGGAACAUGUUCGUAACAAACUCAAUUUGCAGAAAUUAUGGUUUUAUAUUCAAUCUACUAUGUCCACUAUGUUUAUACUGUCACAAAUUACAUCUACAAUAUGCAAGGCAAAUGCUCGAGGCGGAAAAGUAUUAAGUCUUCUUCAUGAACAAGCAAAUAAUAUCAGUGGUGAACCAAAGUCCAAAGAAUUAUGUUUAUUUUUAAUUCAUGCAGCUAGUGUUCCUUAUAUGCAAAUUUUAGAAAAAUGGGUUUAUAAAGGUGUAAUUCGUGAUCCGUAUGAAGAAUUUCUUGUAGAAGAUAAUGAGCUUAUUCAACGAGAAGAACUUCCUGUAGAUUAUUCUGCAGAUUAUUGGGAGAAGAGAUAUACAAUGAGAUCAGAAAGAAUCCCAAUAUUCUUAAGUGAUCAUGCUCAAACAAUUCUUAGAACUGGAAAAUAUUUUAAUGUAAUCAGACAAUGUGGAAAAACAAUAAAAUGGGGUAAGCAAGAGCCUUUUACUUAUCAGCAUAAAGGACAACAGUAUAUUGCUGCAAUAGAUAGAGCAUAUUCAGAAGCAGCAAAGACUUUAUUAGAAGUCUUGAUGGAAGAAAAUGAUUUAAUGGGUAGAUUACGUAGCGUAAAAAGUUAUUUUCUUUUAGCUCAAGGAGAUUUUGUGGUCCAAUUUAUGAAUUUGUGUGAGGCUGAAUUGAACAAGAACAUGUACGAUAUUGUUCUACAUCGUAUAGCAUCUCUCCUUGAAGUUGCUUUACGUAUGUCUACUGCUGAUUUAGAUCCAUACAAAGAUGAUCUAAAGCCAGAACUUCUUCCUUAUGAUCUACAGUUUCAAAUGUUUAGAAUACUUUCUAUACAGACGCGAGAAGAAAGAGAAUAUUGCUUUCAAGCAGAUAAAUCAUUAACUGGAUUGGAGGCAUUUGUAUUCAAUUAUGAAGUCAAGUGGCCUGUUUCUUUAAUUAUUAACAGAAAAGCAAUUGCAUGCUAUCAAAUGUUAUUUAGACAUUUGUUACAUUGCAAAUAUAUUGAAAGAAUCCUAUGUAGAGUAUGGAUCAGUAAUAAAAUAGCAAAAACCUUCACACAUGAAGUAGCUAUGGCAUAUAGACAGUCAUUUUCACUAAGACAACGGAUGCUAGAUUGUAUUCAACAUUUGGAAUAUUAUAUGAUGGUUGAAGUUAUAGAACCAAAUUGGUUAACAUUCAUAAAUAAAAUGAGUAAAGUUUGUAAUGUCGAUGAAGUUCUUAGUGUCCAUCAAGAUUUACAAGAUAGUUAUUUAAAAGAAUGUAUGCUAACAGAUCCUGAUCUUCUUGGCUGUAUUACUGGAAUUUGUGCAACUUGCAUCGAAUUUUGCAACUUCAUGCAGCGUAUGAGCCGUUACUACAUAGAUGCUGAAUUGACUUCCAUGAUUGGUACCAAUCAAGAUGAUGUCUAUGAAUCUGAGGUGGAAGGUGGUUCAAUCUCAAAAAAUUGUACACCAAGCUUUGAAGAAACUAUUCUUUCGUUGGAUAACAAAUUUACAGAAGCAUUAAUGCGUUUAUUAGAUAGAAUUUGUGAUUUAGGUUGCGAUAAUAAUAACGAAAAACUACUUAAUGUUCUUUGCCGGCUGGAUUUCAAUUUGUUUUAUACCAAAAUUUUGGUCCAACGAGAAAAAGAAAAAACUGUCACGCAACAAGAUGUUUCUGGAUAGACAGAUCGUUAUUAUUACGAAAAUUAUUUGAGAAGGUAUUCAAUAUUAAUUUACAAGAAAUAAUUAAGAUUUUAUAAAAUGAAGUAGAUAGAUCAAAAUGUCAAAAAAAUAUACUUUUCUAAUACAUAUUUGUAUGAUGAACAAAUCGUACUGUAUAUAUGUCUAAUAAAAAUAUUUUGUUUUUAUUUUUAA